AGCAGAGUUCCCAACGUUCCCUGCGCGCGGCGCGAGUCCGGAAGAGACCGGCUCAUGGCGGGGUCUGGGCAGCCCGGGCCUCUUCUGUUUAUACUGUGGGCGCUGGUGACUGUAGCUCGACCUAGCUCCGGAAACUUGGGCGACGGGGGAUGGCAGCAGAGCAGGCAGUGGUCGGCAGCGGCGGUGAUGGAGCAGCGUUGCACUGUGGAGCGCCGGGCAGACCUCACCUACGCCGAAUUCAUGCAGCACUAUGCCUUCCUCAGACCGGUCAUCUUGCAGGGACUCACAGACAACUCGCGGUUCCGGGCCCUGUGUUCUCGAGAAAAGCUGCUGGCCUCAUUUGGGAGCAACGUGAUUCGGCUGAGCACAGCCAACACCUACUCCUACCAAAAAGUGGACCUGCCCUUCCAGGAGUAUGUGGAGCAGCUGCUGUAUCCCCAGGACCCCACAUCCCUGGGCAAUGAUACCCUGUACUUUUUCGGGGACAACAACUUCACAGAGUGGGCACCGCUAUUCCAGCACUAUUCCCCACCUCCAUUUCGUCUACUGGGAACCACCCCUGCUUACAGCUUUGGAAUUGGAGGAGCUGGAUCUGGGGUACCCUUCCACUGGCAUGGACCUGGGUUCUCUGAGGUGAUCUAUGGUCGUAAGCACUGGUUCCUGUAUCCCCCUGAGAAGAUACCAGAGUUUCAUCCCAACAAGACCACAUUGGCCUGGCUCCAGGACACAUACCCAUCCAUGGCCUCAUCUGCACGGCCUCUGGAGUGUACCAUCCAGGCUGGUGAAGUGCUGUAUUUCCCCGACCGCUGGUGGCAUGCCACGCUUAAUCUGGACACCAGUGUCUUUAUCUCCACCUUCCUUGGCUAGCCAGAAUAGGCAACUGUGCCAAUGUAGUGCUCAAAGACUUUAUUACAGGACAGUGGCAGCAGCAGCAACCUCAGCCCACCCUCACCUGCUUUCCAGCCCAGAAGGGGGACAGGGGAGGCUCAUGGCCCAGCAAGGGUAUG